UUGAGUUCUAACCAUGUUCUAACUAGAGUCUAUAAAAAAUAAAAUAUACUAAGUAUAGAUCUAUAUCUAAUAAUAGUUCCAUGCACUAAUCUACAGAUCUAGAUGUAGAUCAUCUAGUGACUAGAUUGUCUAGAUUUGUCUAAAUCGGUUUAUGAAUAUUGUGAAGAUGCUAGAAUUACAAAUGUUAUGAGAAACUAAAUGGAUUCUGUAAAGCACCCAACAAAUGCAGAAGCAGAGCAGCACUUAUCUGGUGUAUACCAGGAAAUUGAUAACCUUACAUCUAACAAAUAUCAACAUGAGUAUGUUGGAUAUUUGAAAGAUAUCAGCAAAAGACAUUGGAAACCAAUAGAAAAUAGAGCCUGCUGCUUUAACACUGAUUGUCGCAAACAGUUUUCUGCCCUGUUAGAACGUCCAAAACAUUGCCGCAGCUGUGGCGAGGUGUAUUGUGAUAAUUGUGUCAAAUAUAAAAGGCGCCUUAGUAAAUUAGCCCAGCCUGAUCCUAAUGGAGAUUUUUAUAAAGUGUGCAAGAGCUGUUUUGAUCAAGGGAAACUGAAUGAUGGCCAAACCACAAACCACACCACAGAAUUUAUAGAGUUUAGAAAACAUGCUAAGAGAAGUGCCUAUGUGAUCAGUCGAAGAAAUUUCCAUUUGAACAAAGAAUGUGAAAGACUAAUUAGAGGAUUCAAAGAAAGUAUAGGAAAUUCUGGAAUCAAUUUUAAACUUCAUGAGAUGAAGAGCUUAAUUACAACACCUGAUUGGAUGAAAUCUAGCUUGUGGCUAAGAGAAAAUAUGGCCGCCUCCUGCCACAUCUGCAAACAAAGAUUUAGUUUGUUCACAACCAAAGACUUCUGCAGACUCUGUGGUGCCUCAGUUUGCAAGCUUUGUUCUACUAAAGACUUACUUCUCUACUUAAAUGACGAGGACAAAGACAAUGAGCAUUGCCAACCACAGCUAGCCAUAAUAAAAAUUAUAGGGUGCCCAAACAAAGAACCGGAAGUUUGCCUGUACUUAAAAGUGUGCUUGCCUUGUAAAGACAAGAUGAUACAGAAACAAGUUGAAGCAUUGGAAGAAGAAGACAGUGUAAUGGUUGGUUCAAAUUUCAUGGAAAACCUUAACAAAAUUGACCUGAAAUUAAGGAAAGAAGAGGAACAAGUGAAAUCUGAACUACCUAAAUACACAGCAAUUGUUGAAAGUCUGGAGGACAAAACAAGAAAAUCAGAGUAUCAAAACAAUAUGAAAAUUUUGGCUAAAGCUCAGGCAAAUUUAGCGGAUGUUUUGGCUCAUCACGUUACAACAGUUCAGCAGUUAAAAAAACUUAAACCUGUUACAGAUACACAAUCUAGUGUGCUAAAAAAAUAUAUUCUAGCCAAAUGUGAUUUUUAUAUGAACUCCAUGUCUACGUUUCGCUCACUGAAACAUAAAUUGUCUGAAGUUGUUUCCCCAGAGUCUCUACAGCUCAUCCAACUCUCCAUCGAAAAAGAUGCAAUUAUAAGCACUCAGGUAUAUGUGCGCCAGCUAAUUUAUGAGACCCUCCACAUUUGCCAGAAAUACAAACUGGAAGAAACUAUUCCCAAGAUGUUGAUAAAAGUGGAAGAGAGCAUAGAGAGUGACCUUAACACUUAUUUUACUGCUGUGCAGGAAGAUGUCAAUAAACACAUGGAAUUAUUGAAAGUUAUUCUUCAAGAAAGAAUAACGAAGAACAAACUGAUCAAGGUCUCAAACUCUCGGUUUAAAAGUUAUGGCACCAGGUACAUUCACAAUUUAAUGUACAGUAAAGUUGAGAAUGUACUCAAUCAAAUUCUGAACCAGUUACAGUUGGUAUCUGUUCUUCGAAGCCUCAGUGCAAGUAAAAAGGCUCUAGAAGAUGCUUUGACCAGUUUGCAGAAUGCUCCCCCCGAAGUGGAUGAAACAGACUAUGUUAUUGUUGGUAAAUAAAUGAUGUUAUUAAAACUAAAAGACCCGGUGAUGAAAUGCAGUAUUUCUUUUGAUAUGCACAUGAUUACAUUUUUAAUGGAUUCAAUAGAUUUUAUAAAUUUUAAUAGCUACAUCGACCCAUAAGAUAUUAUGUCUAUUGAGAUUUUCAGAGCAAUUUAGAAAUCUUCUUUUAUUUCAAACAUCUAAAUGUUAGUCUAAAACUGGUAUUUGUAUGUAUAAAGUUUAUAGAAUCUUUUAAUUCAGUGUAUAAGAUAAUUAUUCCCUAAAAUGAUUAAUGAUUCUUUUUUUUUCAUUGUUAAAAUAUAGUUCAUUUAUGUUGCUUUUUUUUAAAUGCAAAUGUAAAUUAAACAUUAAUACAUUUAGUACUUAUGUCAAGUAAAGUUCCCUUUUAGACCAUGCAGUCUAGAGGGCAGAUGGUGUUAACGUCAUCUGUUUCUUUGGCCAACAGUUAACGAGCAGGUCAUCAUGUGACCAGCACAACCAACUUCCUUUACUUCCCCAACUAAAGUCAGGUACCCAUUAGAGUUGGGUGGACUCAGGGGAAUCCUAAAAUUUAAAAUCCCAUUCUUCACUGAGAUUGAACCUAGGACACCAGGUUCGGAAGCCAAGAGUUUAACCACUCAGCCACUGUGCCCUCACAUUUUGUACUUAAUGUGUUGUUUAGUUUCACGUCAGAAACUUUCUUUACAUUAUUUGACUUUUGUUUUUUAAUUAUUCAAUGAGCUAAGGCUUCAAAAAGUUUUGUUUCCUAAUUGCACUUCCAUUUUUGAGCUUUUCAUCCAGUUGUCUCACAUUUGUGAAAUAACAUUGUCAACAUUGUAUCGGGUAAAAUAGUUUUAGUCUUGCCAAUGUGAAGGAAGCAUUCUUUAUUGCAGUGCUGUCAACCAAACAAAGAUUAAAAAAAAAAUCUAGACAUUCCAAUUACGUUUUUAAAAUUGUACAUUAAUGUUGAGACCCAGUCAUGAUUAGUUCUAAUUUUAAUUCUAUAAGUAAAGAGGUGUGAGUUCUGCAUCAUUCAACUUAUUAUAUAGGAUAAAAUAUAAUGUUAAUGACUUAGGCUUCCUGUACUUAAACAUGCUACUUAAAUGUGCUAUGCCAUGUGUUUAAAGAUCAAACCAGUGUAAUUAUUAUUUAUGGUACUUAAAAGUUGCUUUAGUUUUAAAUGUUAGAAAUAAUUUAAUGAACAAAGGUGUAAAUUUUUUGAUAAAGAUAAUUUUAUUUUUUUAUGAAUCUAUAUUGAGUCAAGUGUAACCGACACAUUUCUUUUAAAAUCCUUUUUUUUUUCAUUUAAGGGAAUGUUUAUAUUUCCUUCUUUUUGUCUAGAUACACUUACAUUGUUUUUUUUUGUAAUUGUUUAUGAACAAAAUGUAACAUUGUUAUUGGAUCAAAUCCUCCGAUCAAUGUAUGCUUAGAAAUUUGCCAUAUUAACUUUCUAACAAUUGUUCUACCUCAAUAUGUAGAAUGAUCUAAAGAUGUAUGAUUUGUUGAAAAUUGGAUUUGUUUUAGUUUAGCCAUAUUACGUAAUGUCUUUCAGUAAUGUCAAAUUGUUGACCAUUAUAGAACAUUAUACUAUGUAGAACAAAAAAUAUUUUCAUUAUAUAGGCUGCGUUUCAAAUAUCAAUUAUUUUAAGCUCUUUGUUGUUCUUUAUUAAAUAGAACAGUUGAAUACAUUUACUUGCUAAUAUAUUUCCAAUUCUUAUGAUGUUCCAUUAUAUCAGAUAUGCCCAAAAUGUUCUGUAGGUCAUAUAAGGCCUGCAUGCUGUGCUGUCCAGCCCACCAUAUUGAUGCUGCAAAGUGUACAAAAUCGCUAAAAUCCCCAACUUAAUGAAAUAUAUUUUUCCAUGUUUUCUUGACCAGGUUGUUUCUUUGUCCUUAUUUUGAGGUCAUGUUUUUUUUUUGGUAUUUUUCAACAAUAAUUGGUACCUUACCAUAUAUCAACUCUGUCAAAAACUAACAAUAAAUAGAUAUGAAACAUAUUUUCUUAAGCACUUUGCUUGCACAGUAGUUAGUGUAUUAAUAAUAAGAACAAACUCAUUGCAAUUUAGCUUUUAUUGUUCAUUGUUGGUGAAAUUAAAAUGUUGAAAAAAGAAAUAUUUAUA